AUGUAUACUAUUCUAGUGCUUUUCCUCUGCGGGAGAGUUGUCUACGGAGUCGGGAGUGUCGCUCCCUUCAUCCACCCCUGCGACCCUGCAGACCUGGCCUGCCUCAAGCGAUCAGCGCAGGCUGCUGUCCCCUACCUGGCGCGCGGUGUGCCCGAGCUGGGACUGUCCCCGCUAGACCCGGUCACUAUACCGCACAUGGAGACCAACGAGGCUGGCCUGCAGCUGACCUUCACGGAUACUGUGAUCAAGGGGUUGGGGAACUGCACCGUAAUGAGUUUGAGGCGGCUGGACAACCGGACGGCGAUCGACCUGAGGUGCUCAGUGACGCUGGUGGGGCGGUACAAGCUGAGCGGCACGCUGCUCAUCCUGCCCAUACGGGGCGACGGGAAAUACAAGAUUACGAUACGUAACAUAAUAGUGAAGACGCUGCUGGACAUCGAGCAGCAAGUGCGGGGGGGACGGCGCUACUGGCGCGUGACUGGCUGGAGCCACACCAGCGAGAUGCCCACCUUCGUCCGGUUCCGGUUCUACAACCUGUUCGGUGGUGAUGAGCGCCUGUCAAAGCAGAUUCACGCGUUCGCCAACAAGAGCUGGUACGAGAUAUUCCAGGAGGUGUCUCCCCCCGUCACCCGCGCCAUCGUCGCCCGCAUAGUCGAGGAGACCACUAAACUGUUUAAUGCUGUACCUCUGGACCAGCUCGCUAAAGAGUAGA